UUAAUUUAUUUGUUCAUACUACAAUAUUUGUCAUUUUAGAAAAGCAUAUUUAACCUUUAAAAUUAAAUCCUAUUUCAGCUAAAAUAAACAGUACAUUUUCGUCUAUCCGAUGGUAAAAAGAUUCUUAAAAUCUGAAUUCCGAAAGACAGCAAUCUGCUAUGCUAUCAAGUGUGACUGUGUGAGGCGGUGGAGCCUUAUUCGGUUGCGACGUUCCUCGCUUUCCAUUUAUGCGCCAUUUUUUAUUGCCUCCUCUUUCUCUCUCUUCUUCCUCUGAGUCUCAGACUACUUAAUUACUGGGUUCCUCUCUCAAUCUUGCUGCUCACCGCCAUGAAUGAGUAUUACUACCUCCACUCUUAUUUAAUACUCCAUAUUACUAUGGCAACAAAAUCUGAUGUUGGUGAUGCACGUAUGACAUUACAUGCAUAUGAGAUGGGUAUUGAACGGAGAGAAGGAGACCAAAAAUGAUAAAUAAGGUUAAGGAAGGAGAACGGUGCAUUGCUGAUUUUCCUUAUGGAGGUUUUAGACAUAAAUGGACUCAACCUAAAGAAGAUGAUUCCCCUGCUUUAUAUGUUGAUGCAAACUUUGAUAAAACAUUCAGAAUUGAUGAUAUUUCUUCAGUAUUUCAUUAUGAGCUCAUUAUUAAAAAUGGUGGGUUGAAUUCUGAUGUGACAGGAAAAGGGAACGGCGAAAUAAGAUGCAGUGAACUUGAUUCAGAUGAAGAAUAUGAACCUGUAUCUUCUGGCUUCAACAUCAGAAAAUCAAUGAAAAGGAGUGACCGGAGGAAGAACACCAAGCCCUGGACAUUGGAUGAAGUGGCAGCAUUGAUUAAUGGUAUGUCACAAUUUGGUACAGGACAAUGGACUAGUGUAAAGAGAGCCUUCUUCUCAUCUUCAAGUCGUACAGCUACUGAUAUCAGUGAUAAGUGGCGCAACCUUGUGAAGAAAAACAUUCAGAUUUCAAAGGCAGGAAAGGAUGAUCAGCAUCAAUGGAAUGGCUCACAACCGUUUCCAAAAACACUGAUGUGUUAUGAGUCCAGCCCAUUUAUUCAAUACUUGUAUUGCUUUGGCAAAGAAAAAAAAAAAACAGAAAAAGGCACAAAAACAAAAAGGAAGGAAAAAAGAGGGUUUUGUGAUUUUCGUUUCAGCCAGCACCAGCUUGAUCAAGUGGUCGAUCGGAGGAGUUCCCGUGGUCCGAUUUUGCUGAAAUUUGGUGAGCUUGUUCUUGACAUCUAGAGCUUCGUUUUGACUGGUUUUGAUCGUCGUUUGGAGCUCCAGUUUGGUCGGGAUUGCUGUCAGAACAGACCUGACGUUUUUGGUGCUAUUCUUCACCUUUUACUCUAUUUUGAUCUCUUAUUGUUCUUGGCUAUUGUUGGUGGGUGUAUGAACCUUUUUAGACUGAUUUAGGGUUCUUUUUCCCUCAAUUAUCAGUAAGAGAAAUAAGGGUGGACUCCUCAAAAGGUCUCGUGGUUUUUAUCCUUCACAUCGAAGGGGUUUUCCACGUAUAAUUUGUGUGUGUUGAUUGUGAUUUAUUUCUCGCUUAUUAUUGAUUAUUUUUACUGUCAUAUUGCUGUCCACAAUUUGGUAUUAUUGGUUGAUUAAUAUUGGUGAAUUGAUAGGGUUGAUUUGUUAGAGUUAUUGGUUGAUUGUCUUGUGAGUGACAUUGUGGGUGUCGUUGUGACCCCCUUCCGAUCACUACAACUGUCAGAGGAGUGGCUCACAACCGUUUCCAAAAACACUGAUGGACCGCGUGACGGAAAUUGUCAAAGAUCCUCCUGUUCGGAAGUCUACAUGUAAUAGAGGCCAACGACUUUCAGGCUCAAGAUGAAUGAUAAAGUAUGCCCCCUUCUUUAGCCGGGUUAAACUGAUGUGUUCAUCUCUAUUAGAAAGCAGAUUUGUUGAGUAGCUACAUAGGCAGGAAGUAAUCUCUAAUUGUUGAGAUGAUAAUUUUUUCUUCACCAGAGGCUUAGCUUUUUAACGUGACAGCGAAAAGGAUAAUCAUAUAUAGCAUUGUAAAGGUCCUUCAGUCAAGCAACUCAUCGCCUAAGAGAGGUUAUGUAAAUACCUUCGACAUCAGGGAUCCAGCCGCAUGAUAUGACCGAUGCCAUAUUUUGUCAUUUAAACCUGUAAAGCCUGUUGGGACCGAGGUCCUUUGAAUUUUGAGCCUUGUACUUAAAUGUUCAACUUUUUGGUGUAAUUUUAGAUGGUAACCAUUCUUAUAGUGUAGUUAAUGCACAAGUGAACACUGUUCUCUUACAGACUGUUGACACUCAAGCCUCAAGGUGAGUUGCUUUACGUUUUUGUUUUUUUGCUCUUGAAACACUUGUUAUGAUUCUCAAAUUUGGGCUACUCGUGAUAGGUGCUCAUUUCAUUCUCGAUUUAAAGGACUGGCUUUUGGCUUACAUUUUUCCGGGGCCUGGAUUCCAGCUUCGAUAUGUUUACAUAUGUAUUUCUUUGACAAGGUGAAAAUAUAUAAAUAAAAUCAACGAAGUAAAAUUGUUGAAAAAGGGGUGAAAAUAUAUAAGCUUAAAUUAAUCAUUAUUAUUAUUAUUUUUUUUUCCAUAAAAGGACCCUUGAACAUUUGUUUACAUUAUAGGGAUGGCGAUGGGUCGGACUCGACUUAGAUUAUACACACUCCGACUUUGUGUUGAAUAAUAGUCUGACUUUUUUUCAGUUCACCUUCACUCGGAAUCGGAUUAUGCAAACUCUAAGUUUGCCCCAACUUGGACUCUCGGGCUUCCAACGGAGUUAGAUGCGGAGUCGGUUUUUUAUCAAACUUUAUCGUUGUGAUAUUGUACUAAUGAUUUUAAAGCAUACAAAAUUAACAAAAUAUAUAUUUCAAAUACAAUUUGACAAAAAAAAUAUAUACUUUAAAUUUAAGUUUAACAAGAAAAAUAGUCCUACUACUACAAGUUAACAAAAUUUUAUCGCAUAGCGUAUUUUAUUUCUCUUGAUCUGAUUUGUCGUAUUUUGAUUGAUUAAUCUAAAUAAAAAUACCAAGUAGUUUUUCAAAAUCGAAAAUUAUAAUUAGUAUGAGAGAGAGCUUGAAUUAGUCACGUCUAGAGUUUUAAAGGAAACAAAAUAUUAAAGUAAAAGUCAAAUUUCCUUCAGGGUCAGAAUUGGG